UCGGGCACUUGAGAGUGCAAAACCCGGAAGAAACUGCAAUAGCCCGCAGCUGUUCGAGAGAGGAGAAAAGGGAGGCGACUCGAGGUGCGAGUUGGGGCUCAGCCCAUUCCCGGGCGCUCGCCGCCGGCGUUGCCGGUUGGAGAGAAGAUGGGGGAGGUGCCCGCAGCUGCCGUGUACAUACUAGUUGUAGUUGUGCUGUUUCCUUAGUGGAGUUUGGCUUUAUGCCGGAGCUUGGCGUGAUGCCGAUGGGGAUUGGGUCGCCGGCGCGAGCGAGUCGCGUGCGGUGGCUACUGGAGUCGGUUCUUAAGGUGGUGGCGAUGGAGGGCUUGCUGCUGCCGACUGGAUCCACUCUGGUGUCCCUGGUAAUAAGCUCGAUGCCCCUGAUCUGGCGGAGGAUCUUGCUGCUGUCCCCUGCCUCGGAGGCCAUCCUGGCGAUGGCGAAGAGGUGGCCGACACUUGCAGCUCUGGAGCUUGUAGGUUGGGAUGCUGCGGAUCGGGCUGUGGACCAUCAGAAGUGGAUGAUUUGUUGGCGAAGCGAUGGCGCCUGCUGCGGCGGUCGAAGGCCUGCUCUCGCCGACUCGCCUCUGUUUCUUCUGGCCGAAGGGCGGUCAUUCAAAUUCCUCCCGGCGAUGAAGCCCAAAGGGAGGCAGCUGUGUUCUUCCAUGGAGUCUAUGGCGUGGUGCUAUGGAGCUUUCGUCGGCCCAAGUGGUCUCGUCCCCGGUGUCGGCCGGAAGUUCUCCGUCGAGGAGCAGAAUAGGACCCGAUCGCGUUUCCUUUCCUCUGUUCCGGGUCCUUUUCGCAAAGUUCAGGGACUGUUUAGUAGUUCCAGUUUUCUUUUGGGUCUCUGUUGUAAUAUGUGCUUUCAUGUUUAUCCAAAGUUCAGGGCCCGUGUCUGUUCAAAAAAAAAAAAAAAGAGUGCAAAACCCUACAGCUACAACACCCCCAAACGCCUAGCGGUCAAUCCGCCGCCGCCGCCGCCGCCGCGACGCGAUGCUCCAUCUCCGAAAGCUCUUCCUCUCCGCAUCUCAUGUCCACACACCCUCCCUCUCCCCCCUUUUCCCGCUCUACCGCCUCCUCGCCGCCACCGCACCCGCUUCCCCAGAGCCGUUCGCCGUCGAGGAGUACCUCGUCACCAACUGCGGCCUCUCCCGGCCCAAGGCGCGCAAGGCGUCCAAGAAGCUCGCCCACCUCAAGUCCUCCUCCAGGAUCGACGCCGUCCUCGCCUUCCUCGCCGCGCUCGGCAUCUCCCCCUCGGGCACCGCCGCCAUCGUCGCCGCCGACCCGCAGCUCCUCUGCGCCGAUGUGGAGCUGAACCUGGCCAAGCGCGUCGACGAGCUCACGGGUCUCGGCCUCAAGCGCUCCCAGAUCGCGCGCCUCAUCCCUCUCGCCCGCGCCACCUUCCGCAGCUCCUCCCUCGGCCCCAACCUCGCCUUCUGGCUCCCGGUCUUCGGCUCCUUCGAGAAGCUCCUCGGGGCCAUCAAGGCGAACGGCGGCAUCCUCGGAGCGGACCUCGAGAAGGUCGCCAAGCCCAACCUGGCCAUCCUCCAGCAAUGCGGGAUAAGUGUCAAAGAAUUUUCAGAUACAUACCUUACCCGGGUGCUCACUCGGCUCCCCGAGUACGUCCAGAAUGCCGUGCUGUACAUCGAUAAGCUUGGCGUGCCCCGGGAUUCCCCAAUGUUUCGCUACGCGCUCAUGGCGUUUGCGUUUCAGAGCCAGGAGAAAAUUGACAGGAAAAUGGGGAACCUUGAAAUGCUUGGUUGGUCACAGGAUGAUGUGUUGACUGCUGUGAGGAAGAUGCCGAGUAUCCUCACUAUGUCCGAGGAAAGGAUGCAGACAACUGUGAAUUUCUUGACAAGGGAUGUUGGGCUGGAGAUACGCUAUAUAGCUCAAAGGCCAGUUCUGGUCAUGUAUAGCUAUCAGCGCCGGUUGUUGCCACGGCAUUCCUUGCUAAAUAUUCUCAACUCGAAGGAUUUGCUUUAUCCUGAGCUUGACUUCUAUUCUAUCGUCGCGCUGACUGAGAAGAAGUUUCUGGACAAGUAUGUGCAUCCUUAUGAGAAGAGUAUUCCAGGCCUUGCUGCGACUUAUGCAUCUUACUGUGCUGAGAAGGUGCCGAAUGAAGUUUCUACCUGAAAAGACAAAAUGGAAAAAGAGACUCUGUGCAUGCUUGGUCUGGGAGCACGUUGCUGGAUUGUCGUGUUGGAAUAACAUUUUAAGGACAAGUAUGAUCAUCAUUGCGUACAUCCUCCAGGUUCCUUGCAUUGCAUCUCUUUGUUGCAAUCCUUGUUUGGUUGUGCUCCAUUUUAGUUUUCAGUCUCAGUUUGCUACUUAUAAAACAGACCUUCCUUGUAACUUCAGAGAAUCUUGAUACACGCUGCGGUAGGGAUGCAAAUUUGGUACCCUCCGACCCCUCCUUAGUUCAACUAAAUGAACUAAGUUUUCAGAAUUGACAUUACUUUUGAAAUUUUAGUUCCUUUGGUUUAAUUAUAUUAAAUAGGGUCGGAGGGUACCCUAAAGAUUCCAAAUUUGCAUCACUAUGUUGCGGAUUUGAAUAAAAAGUUUCCUGCUGUCUUUUCCUUUCAUCGGAUUUGUUUCACAUAAUGAAAUGUACAUAUACAAAUUGAUACCUUAUUUCCACUGUGCCAAUGAAAGACUAAUGACAAAAAAAUUCUUUGUCAUCUCCACUACGCCUACAAUGCUGCAACAUGUCGAGUUGAAUGAUAUGGGGCACAAAGUCCAGAACUAGCAGAGAUGGAAAAGAAAAUUCUUCUGCAACCCAUUUGUAGCUCAUCUAUAAAGCGGAAUUGGAUCAUGUAUUCAUGAUGUGAAAAGUAAAACGAUUAAAUGCAAAGAUGAUUGGUAAACUUAUUUUUAUGAUCAAAAUUGGCGUCGUUACAAGGACGGCUCCUGUGAGUAGGAAGUUGACCCUGAAAAUCAAAUAGAGAAAAGCCUACUUCCAUGCUGGGAGAGUUGCAGUGCAGGAACCUUGAGUAUGUAGUCAAUGAUGAUGAUUAGGGGUGGGCAUAUAAACCGAUGACCCUGAAGUACCGAGCCAAACUAACCAAGACCGAACCUAAUGAUGAUGAUGACAACACUCGUCAUGCUUUAGAUGAUGAAUGCACUUCUAAGCCUCCAAAUUCUAAAAUCCGAAAUCUAGUCCCAUUUCAAUUUUUAAGCUACGCUGAUGCCGCAUUGUCUUCAUCGACAGGUCACCUUCUUUUUGCUAAGCUAAUGGCCUUGUUCGUCAGUAUUGUAUUUUUGCUUUGCUCUUACAUUCGUUCUCAGUCUUAAACAACUGUUUUUU